UUUACGUUUUAAAAGGACAUUAUGGCUGACGAUAAAGACGAAUUGCGCAAACGAAAGAAAGUGAUUGAUUUUAAUGACGCUUCUUCUUUACGUGACAAAACACUGGAAAAUAAAUUAAACAUAAACAUUCCGACAUAUCCAUAUAAAUCCAGUGCUGAGUAUGCUGCUGCUGUGAACCGAUGGUUGUGGCAAUGUUAUAACUGGCAGUGUAUGACCCUAACAUUGCCUUAUUUGGUUUCACAGACUGCUUGCCGCACUCACACAAAUAAUGCUGAUGGCACAACAGACUUUAACAGAAAUUUUCCCAAUACUUUUUUCCCUAAUCAGAACCUUUCCGUAUCGCAACCGAGGCGUCCUAAUGUGUCAUUCCAAGAACAAACUUCUGUAUCUUCUGGACAGUCAGGUACUGAUUAUAUAAUACCAUCCCUUUUCAAAAGAUUUGCUGCUGAAGUUAUUGAUUUCUGCAUUCUUUUGGUGUUAAAAGUGAUGAUUACAUAUAUUGCUAUGGACUUCUUUGACCUCGUGAAUCUAGACAAGUAUGAUCUGGAUUUGUUUAAAAAUGACAAGUUAGAUUAUCAUAAAGCUAUGGAAGUCACAUCCGAAAUUAUUGCUCUGGAAAUUAUUCAUAGAUUUGUUGUUUGCAUAUUUGAGGCUUUAUGCAUUCACAAGGGAAUCAUGGGUAAUGGAGGUGCUACACCUGGUAAAAGUCUAAUGCGACUUCGAGUUGUGUCAUGUCAUUCUGUGGUGCCUAUUGAUGCAAACAUUAUAAGAGUCUACCCAGCUGGUGACAUAGGAAUAGGAUGGGCAAUGUUGCGAGCAUUCAUUAAAAACUUCUCCCUGGCUUUCAUCUUCCCAAUAUGCUUUACAAUGUUCUUCUUUCAACAUAACAGAACUGCUUAUGAUUUAAUUUGCAAUAGUAUUGUUGUUGAAGAAAUGCCUAAUAGAGCACAGAGAAAUUAGCAAUUGAUACUUUAAUAAAAAUUCCUUUUAAACUGGUUGUAUAUAUCACCUUAUGUAAGUGCAAGCAAUCAUUUAUAUGUGAUACAAAAUAUAUCUCUCUUAUUCCUUUUAUUACUAGUGCAAAAUGCAAUAAUUUGUAGGAUAAUUUUUUUAAAUAUUAGUAUACUGAUUUUUAUGUCAUCUUUUCAUAGCUUUUUUGAUCUCAAGAAUUCUAUAUCAAGCAUAUUUAUGCAGAAGAGUAUAAUAUUAAGCGAAGGUGGAAAUUAAAAUAUGAUACAAUGAUGCCAGUGUGAGUUUAAAAUUGCUAAGGUUUUUAUGUUCAAAUAUAUUUUACUAUUUUAUGAGGUUUUUGAAAAAGGUCACUAUAGGCUUUAUUUCCUUAAAUAUUAAUUCUCAAAAUUUAUUUCAGUAGUUUUUCAGAGUAAAAUGAAGAAUUUUAUGAAAACAUUUUUAACUGUAGAGAGAGAACAGUUAUAUAUAUAAUGCUGUACUUUUGGUGGAAGAUAAAGACAAUUCACGUUCUAAUCAUGGCCAAAAAUACUGCUGCAUCGAUGAUUGCAAAUUGCGAAAUAGUGGAAUGACCUGAUGGAAUUUUAGAAGAAGAACAACCCACUUGAUAGUUGAACAUCAUUUGUUUUUGGAUGAUGAAUUUCGUAGCAGAUAUCUUCAUAACUAAUAGAAAGGUAAGGGUGCUGUACUGCUGCAUUUUAAAUAAUAGCGAAAUAGCUAACAGAGGUUGAGCAAUGCACCGUCAACAGGCAGGCGAAAAAAGAGAGAGACUACGCAGUUAGUAGCUAUUUAUACUAGAUGGGGGCAUAAGUAUAGCUAAUCUGUGAUUGGUCAAUUUUGGGUUUUAGGUCCAUUUUUCAAGCAGUAAUAUAUAACACGGGAAGAUAUCAAAUUUGAAACAACAGAUGAAUUUAGGGGAAGAACGCAAAAUCUAGAAUAGCUAAUUUUUUAGGUUGCCAAUCGUUUCUUAGUGCAGCCAUCAUAUUUUGUUAUAUCUUAUAUAUAUUAACUUGAACUUAGUUGAUAGCAAGGUUUAGUAAGUAAAAUGUUCAUUUUUCUCCGAUUAGUUAAAUUCUGUUUUUAUACGUACACUCAUCUGAUAAAUAUUCGGAAUACUUUGCAAGCCUUUUAUCUGUUAGUAGUCUUUUGUGCUCUUGCUCAUUUAGAAUGAGAAGGCCCUAGUAAAUUUUCAUUUAUGUCACUAAUACUAAGGGAAAAUUUUGAAGAAAUUUAAUAUGAAAAAUAGGAAAGAAAAAAAUUGAAUUUACUGCAUUUAUUGCACUAGCUAUGUAACUAUGCGCAGCUAAGCUAUACAGUGCUGACUAAUGUCAAAACAUGGUUCCAGAUACUUAGCAAACAGGACAUUCAAAUGACACAUAUGUUUAGCUAAUGUGUGGACAUUUAGCUAACAACACACUCAGCUAAUGGCACAUUUAGCUGACAAUGUAUACAUUUAGACAAAAACAUGCAAUGGUGUUUCAGUAACAUCUGUAAGGCCUAUAUCACACAGAUUUGUUUCACACGAACAACUGUUUCGGACAAUUUUUCUGUCUGGUUCACUAUUGAAAGAAAGACAUGCAAUUUUUUUUUUUUCCUUUCAAAAAAAAAAAAAAAAAAAAAAAAAAUUGCAUGUUGUUCAUUUUCAACCAAUCAGCUGUCAUGAAUGCUAUCAGCUUGUUUGUAAUGGAGAACCAGUUUUUCCUUUGUUAACCCCAAAGCAAUCAGUGGUGACUGGCUGUUGUGACAAAGCAGAAAAAUUGUUCCUAACAGUUGUUCUUCCGAAACAAACGGAUGUGUGAUAGCAGCCUAAGGCUGUUUCCAGGACAAUUUGUGGAACAGCCUAAGGCUGUUUCCACAACAAGAGGGCAUAUGAACAAGUACUUCAUUUUUGUCUUUAUUUAAUGCUAUACGGAGAAACGAUUUUAAAAUUAGACAGAAAAGCAGCUUAAGAUUCUCAUGGGUUUUGAAAAAUUUUAAGAGUGAUCAGACAUAGGCCUUCCUAUUUCAAAAGAGGGAAAGAAAAUUUCAGCUGUGGGAGGAGAGGAACAAUUUUAUAUGGAAAGUAGUGGAUGGAGAAAGUGAAUAUUAAUGUAGAAUGAUCUGUUGAAGAAAACAGCAAUGAAACUCAAAAAGCUAAGACAUUAGAAUUUUGAAAACACUGGGAAGAGAUCUAUUAGAAAUUAGAUUUUUUUUUAAUGUGAAGUGGUUUAAAGAAAUCCUGUUUACUGAUCUACUAAAUGUUAUGGAUAAUAUUUGGAGAUCUAGAGUCAGAAUUAUGACUUGCAAGAAUUAAAAUUAGACAUGAGAUCUUAAACAACAGAG